AUGUUAAGAACUAUUAAUCCCACGACCAGGCGUUGGUUUUCAGUGCUAUCUUCAUUAAAGAACACUGCUGCCAGCGAACCUGUUAAAGAACCUGUGACAGCUAAGGCGGAACCAUUGUCAGAGGCACGGGAGGCAUAUUUGGAAAGAGCAGUCCGUGUAGAUCAAGCUGGUGAAUUAGGAGCCGAUUACAUUUAUGCAGGUCAAUAUUUUGUUUUAGCCAAUAAAUACCCUCAUUUAAAAUCUGUAUUACAGCACAUGUGGGAUCAAGAGGUUCAUCAUCAUAAUACGUUUAACCGUUGGCAAACCGAGAAUAGAGUUAGACCUUCACUAAUUACACCAUUGUGGAAAUUAGGAGCAUUUACCAUGGGGGCAGGUACCGCAGCCAUUUCAUCAGAGGCAGCCAUGGCAUGUACAGAAGCAGUGGAAACUGUUAUAGGAGGUCAUUAUAAUCAACAAUUACGUUGUCUUGCUAAUCAAUACGAUUUAAAAUGGACGGAUGGUACAAACGGUCCUACAAAAGAGAUUAAAUCGCUCACUGAAACUAUCAGACAGUUUAGAGAUGACGAAUUAGAGCAUUUGAACACAGCUAUUGAACAUGAUUCAAGAAAAGCAGUUCCCUACAUUUUGCUUACAGAGGGGAUCAAAGGGAUUUGCCGUGUAGCCAUUUGGACUGCAGAGAGAAUAUGA